UGGCGCAUCCGUCGUCCAGUCGAGCCUUCCCACAGCCCACGCGCCACGCCACCUACGCCUCAACUUUCCAUCCAUUUCUCCCUCUCCAUCUCUCUCCCCGUCUCUCUCUCUCCAAUCCGUCUCCCUAACUGCAGAUUUGUCUCCCCUUUCGCCGCGCGCGGGCGGGGCGAGCUAGGAAGGAAUCCUUUUCUCCUUCCUGUUCCGCCUCCUCCUCCCAACUCAUCCGCCGCGCCGCGCGCCUCCUUCCCUUCCGCCGCCGCUAGAUCCUUUUCCUCGCCUUUUCUUUCCUUUUCCCCCGCGCAUGCACGGGGACGGGGUCCUGUGACCGAUUCGCCGGCCGGUCAGACCAAUGGGGGACGCGUCCACCUCCGCAGCCGCCCCCGCCACGCCCACCUCCACGCUCAUCUGCCUCGAGGACGGCAACGACCUCUUCCUCGACGACGACGACAGCCCCGCCGGCGGCCUGGCGGACUCGCGCCUCGCCGCCGCCGACGGGCUCCUGCUCCUCGACCGCGACGACGAGUACGCCGCGCUCAUGCUCUCCAAGGAGGGCGCCGGCGCUGGCGGCGGCGGCGGCGCGUGCGGCGAGGAGCUGGACGAGUGGACCAAGGCCGCGCGCGCCGCGUGCGUCGACUGGAUUGUCAAGACGAACGCGAGGUUCCUCUUCAGCGGGAAGACGGCGUACGUCGCGGUGACGUACCUCGAUCGGUUCCUGGCGCAGCGGCGAGUCGAUCGGGGGAAGGAGUGGGCCCUGCAGCUGCUCUCGGUGGCCUGCCUGUCGCUGGCGGCCAAGGUGGAGGAGCACCGGGUGCCGCGGCUGCCGGAGUUCCGGCCGGACGAGUACGACUUCGACAGCGCCUCCAUCCUGCGCAUGGAGCUGCUCGUCCUCGGCACGCUCAACUGGCGGAUGAUCGCCGCCACCCCGUUCCCCUACCUGAGCUGCUUCGCGGCCAGGUUCCGGCACGACGAGCGCAGCGCCAUCGUCCUGCGCGCCGUCAAGUGCAUCUUCGCCUCCAUCAAAGCGAUGAGCUCGGUGGAGUACCAGCCGUCGACGAUGGCGCUGGCGUCCAUCCUGGCCGCGCGCGGCGGCAGUGAGGGGACGGGGACGGGGACGGGGACGGGCCCGAGCCUAGAGGAGGAGCUCAAGGCGAUCCUGGGCUCAUCAUGGCAGCAAUUACACACGGAGCAUGUGUAUUCCUGCUACAGCCUGAUGAUCCAGGAGGAGGACAGGUCCACGCAGUCGGGCAGGGAGGUGGCGGCUUCCUCCGGCGUCUCCGCGGCCGCCCCCGCCGGCAGCCCGGGCACCUCCGUCGCCAUGGCCGACGACAAUAACGCCAUUGCCACCGCCUCGGCGGACAACAAUAAGAGGAGACGGGUGCAUUCGCCUCAGCCUCAGCGCCAGUAGGAGGAGCUGGAUGGAUGUUUUGGCCGGAGUUCAGCUCGCUGCUGAUUUCUGUCGCCCCCCUGGCCUUAGCCCUUUUUUUCAUUAGCUCGAGCAGUGAUUUUGGUGGUGGUGGCGGUGGCUAAAUAGGGGGCAGGACUUGAUUCUUGUGAUUGUGCAAUUAUUGCAGCUAUUAUUGCAGCUGAUUGGUAAGUUAGGAUCGGAAAGAUUUCGGUUUUCA